AUGGCGCGGCCUGUGUCCCAAACCUGCGGCUCACCAGCCAGGGCCAGUGAGGCCCGCGAACACCAGAUCAGUUUGACAGACUGGCUGCAAGGCAGCCGCUUGUUGCGACGCUUCUUCCUGAGCUUCAGCGAUCCUUCCUGGGCCGAGGUGGCGAAGAACCUCUGCGUUUUGGGGGUUUUGUCCUUGCAACACCUCGCACCUGAGAAUGCCUGGUCCGGCGAUGACUUGGCCGAAUUGGUUGAGUUGGUCCAACGUGAAGGAUGGCCAGAAGUGGCCACAAAGCAAUCACAGGACUGGUUGCCACCAUGGGGACGACGGCGGAAGGUCUUUGCGAAGCCUUCUGGGCGCUGGCGAACUGGCAGCUCGGAACCUCUUCACCGAGUGAUGGACAUGACACAGUUGGGUGAAACUCCAAGUCCGCCAAGCUCACCGCGCAGGCAAAGAACCCGAGACAUCGAGCGUCGAGACACAGCAGAGCGACGGAAGAGUAGUGCUGACAAGGAAGCGCCAGUGCCAUCAACCUCGGCUGAGUCCAGGUGCAGCUACUGUGAUUAUAGACUUGUUCCGGAUGCGAGAUUCUGUCCCAAGUGUGGCCGCCUUCGUUCACGGCUUGAGGCUUUUCAAUGGCCUGCAAGCAACGAAGGUUGGACCGUACGCACUUCCCGCUUGGAGCGUGGUGGUUGGGCUGGUGAGGUCGAUUUGGGAAAGGCGCAAGAGAUGAACGCUCUCCGGGAGGCACCAGAGAUGAACACUUCUGGUUGCCAACAGCUCCACUUUCUGCCUCGUUUUUGCCGUUGGCUCUUCGCUUUGUGUCAAUCUAGUUGGGUGCACAGGUGCUGA